GUUAACAAUGGGAGAUUAUCAGAGGCCUAUGCUAUAUUUGAUAUAAUAACGAUAUCCACCACGCUUGCACAUCGGCGCAUAAAAUAUAGUAUGUGAUGUUGGUUAGGUAAGAACCCUGGAAUGUUAGGUCAUCUUAAAUGUGGCAAAUUGUUUCGAAUCAAAAUGCCGGCCGGUUCCCUUUGUUCCUCUACCGGCCGGAAUUAAAAUGGCAGCUAAACUGGUUUAAACGUGACGCAGAAACUAAUGUCGUAAGACCUACCACAUCUUUGUAUGUGUAAGCAAACGAGUCACUACUGUCAAGCCCUUGAUCGUGGCUCCCAGUUCCAUUACACAUAAGUCAUUAGAUGAAGGCGUCGUUCUGUAGGGGAGUGUUAAGAUAAGAGCCACGACGCUCGGUCUUAACAUUAACAUGCAUCGAUUGCGGUACGGGUUUGGAAGCAUAAGGACCUUAUCUUUCAUAUCGGCGAAAUUGAUAAACACAUUUAUUGGGUAUGGAGGUGCACCUCGUUUUGGAGGCGGCGGUGGUGGCAGUAGGGGUGGACCCCCUCAGGGGAAAUUUGGCAACCCAGGCGAAAGGCUGCGUAAAAAACACUGGAACAUGGAUGAGCUCCCAAAGUUUGAGAAGAACUUCUACCAGGAGCACCCGGAUGUGUGCCGCAGACCACCUCAAGAGGUGGAGAACUACCUGAGAGGUAAAGAAGUAACAGUGAAAGGCAGAGACUGUCCCAAGCCCAUGAUGAAGUUUCAUGAGGCCAAUUUUCCAAAUUAUGUGAUGGAUGUGAUUGCCAAACAAGGAUGGGCUGAGCCAACUCCUAUCCAGGCUCAGGGCUGGCCUCUGGCCCUCAGUGGGAAAGACAUGGUGGGCAUCGCCCAGACAGGCUCCGGUAAAACCCUCGCUUAUCUGCUGCCUGCAAUCGUGCACAUUCAACACCAGCCAUUCUUGGAGCAUGGAGACGGACCUAUAUGUUUGGUGCUGGCCCCGACCCGUGAGCUGGCCCAGCAGGUGCAGCAGGUUGCCGCUGAGUACGGCAGGGCCUCCCGUCUGAAGUCAGUCUGCGUCUAUGGUGGAGCCCCCAAAGGACCCCAGAUUCGGGACCUUGAGCGAGGUGUUGAGAUCUGUAUUGCCACCCCAGGGCGUCUCAUUGACUUCCUGGAGGCUGGGAAGACCAACCUUCGCAGGUGUACCUACCUUGUGCUGGACGAGGCUGACCGUAUGCUGGACAUGGGCUUCGAGCCCCAAAUCCGCAAAAUUGUGGACCAAAUUAGACCGGAUCGUCAGACCCUCAUGUGGAGUGCCACCUGGCCCAAGGAGGUGCGUCAGCUGGCUGAGGACUUCCUGAAGCAGUAUGUCCAGAUCAACGUGGGUGCUCUGCAGCUCAGCGCCAACCACAACAUCCUGCAGAUAGUGGACGUGUGCAACGACGGAGAGAAGGAUGACAAACUCCUCCGGCUGCUGGAAGAGAUCAUGAGCGAGAAGGAGAACAAGACCAUCAUAUUUACCGAGACCAAGAGACGCUGCGAUGAGCUCACCAGGAGGAUGAGACGAGAUGGCUGGCCAGCAAUGGGUAUCCACGGAGACAAGAGCCAGCAGGAGAGGGACUGGGUUCUCAAUGAGUUCAAAUACGGCAAGGCCCCCAUCCUCAUCGCCACGGUGGGGGACCAAAGAGUGCCUUCGGCGCAAAAACCCAAAACGGAGKGGGCUACGGGGGUAGCACCUAUGACAAGGGCGCUAGCUCUGGCGGUAGCUACGGCAACAGCUACAGCAGCAACGGACAGGCUAGCUUCGGCGCCACCAAUCAGGUGGGUGCGUUUGGUGGCCAGAACUUCCAGGCCCCUCCACAGUUUGGAGCCGCACAGGCGGCCGUCCCAAACGGCAUGGGUCGCCCGCCGUUUCCCUUUAACCCACAGGCACAGCAGCCCCAACAACCCCCAUCCAUGGUACCCUACUCUAUGCCUCCACCUUUCCCACAGUAACUAACGAGGUGUAGAUUGUGCGCACAAUUCACAACGAAACCACCCAUUUUCCCCUCUUGUCUUUUUAAAUCUUAUAUGAAUAUUAUUAUCCUUUGUACUGUUUAACUUUUUUUGCUUACAGCAGGGUUGGAAUUCUUCAGUAACCCCAAGCAUUGAAAUGAGUCACAAGGGGGCUGUUGAAGUGCAUCUUUAACUGGUGCACCUCUCCUUGACUGUUUUUAUUUGUUACAUUCCUCAGUAAUUUAUUUUUACUAAGUAAUGCAGAUUUUGAAUUAGUGGUAUGUUUAAAGUGAUAUGUUAAGAUCUUACCUGGGGGCCCAUGCAUGGGCCUUCAAAUAAAACAAAUCAAUUGAA